AUGGAUGUAUUCAAAAUAGAUUUGGAACAGUCGCAUAUCCAUUCGAGUCUCGUUGAAAGCCACAACAGCACGAAUAACAGUAGCCAAACACAUAAUCUAUAUACGCCCGGCGGCAUAGCCGGUGGCGCCGAUAACCGCGAACCACAACACACCACCCACCAACACCACAAUCACAAUCACAACCGCAACCAGAACCUACACCAAAUCGAACACCGUCAUCAGCAGCAGCAGCAGCAUCAACUUUUUAACGACAUAAAUGCGAAUGACGAUUGCGACGACGAGGACGAUCCCUUGCCAGAAGUGAGCUUUGACGCCAAUUCCGAUUUUAAUUUGCACUUCUUCGACACGCCCGACGAUUCGUCGACGCAGGGCGCUUUCAGCGACGCCGGUUCACUUGAAUCCGACGCUUAUGCCACCAGUUCACCACCCACACCGCCAACAACACAAUUACAUGCGCUUAGAGGUGUAGACAGCCUAAGUGAGGAGUCGACAACGGUGACAGCCUCAGCAUCAGCAGCAACACAACUACACAUCGGCGAUACAAUAAACUCCCAUUGCAAUAGAAAUGCGGAAGUGAGCGAAUCGUUGAAAUUGUUGACAGAUGAUUGCACGUCCUUUUAUCAGCAUCAGCAACAAUCGUCGUCAUCAUCGUCCACACUAAAUGGCAGCACGCCACCUUCUUUAGGUAUCGCGUCUAAUUGCGUCGCUUAUUUGGGCUCCGUGACGAACAAUAACACUACAGCGCAAUCCAUCAACGGUGGCAUCGCUGGCAAUUCAUCGUCAUCAGCCGCCUCAACACCGGCCUCGUCCGUUUCAUCAACAUCCACAGCGUCCACAUCGCCAAUAGCGCUAGCGAGUAACGGCAGUGUAGCCGCACAUAUUCUUGCGCUCGGCAAUGGUGGAGGUACAUUGUACGCCAACAGCAGUCUCCAUACAUUCUGUCAAUCGCAGCAUUCAUCGUCCUCAUCCGGCUGCUCUUCAAAUUCGUCGGCCGGCAGCAGUUGUAGCCACAACGGCAACACCAACGCUGGACAACAACACCACAUUGGACGUAGUAACGGAGCCACCGUAUCAUCGUUGGUUGCUGAGCAUUGUCUUGGGGAGCGCCAUCAUACAGCAGCAGCAGCAGCAACAACAGCAGCGUCAGCGUCAGCAACAAUCAACCCAGCGAACGCGUGCGUCGCAAUCACCAACUCUACAUUGGCUAAUGUAAAACACUCGCAUGAUCAGCAAUUUGCCAUAGCGGACUCCAAUUCCAACAGCGUUACGAAAUCAUUUGUGCCGUGCAAAGUUUGUGGCGACAAGGCGUCCGGCUACCAUUAUGGUGUAACCUCGUGCGAGGGUUGUAAGGGUUUCUUUCGUCGCAGCAUACAAAAACAAAUUGAAUAUCGUUGCCUGCGUGAUGGUAAAUGUCUGGUGAUACGUUUGAAUCGAAAUCGUUGCCAAUAUUGUCGCUUCAAGAAAUGCCUGUCGGCGGGCAUGAGUCGAGACUGUAAGUAG